GAUGACGAGGACGACGACGAUGACGGGGCUGAGGAUGACGUGGGCUAUGACUACGAUGACUACUAUGACUACUAUGAGGAUGAGGAUGAGCAGCAGCUGGAGCUGGGGCARCAGGAUGAUGCCGAUUGCAGCAUGCUGGGCUCGGGCGGCGGCAGCGGCGGCGGCGGUGGCAAAUCGCGUCCCCGCACCGCAGCAGUGCGUAUCAAGAGUCARCGCCAUCGACGCAACAACAACAACAUACGCAGCGUGCUGAUCAAUAAGCGGCACAACAAGUACAAAAUCAGUCGGCCCCAGACACAGCUGGAGGUGAUCAACGAGUCGGAGCGCAGCGCGGGCAGCGGCAGCGACGAGAACGACUCCCUGCUGGUGGCCUACGACAGCAGUUCGUCCUUGGCGUCGGUUUGACAUUGGCCGCCAUGUCACAAUGGAGCUGCAGCAAAUGGGAAYGAUCUCCAGCCAACGUCCAGCGGAAGCGAUGCCAGCGGCAACGGCAGCAGCAGCGACGACGACGAUGACGACGACGACGUCGACGGCWGUCGCCAGGAUCUGCAGCCUGGAGCGCGGCUCGCUGCCAAAUGUUAUAGUCAGCGUCAGCGUAAGCGCCGACGUUCACUGCGACGCGUCUACUGCGCUGUGAACAUCUCCAUAAUGGGCCUCCUGGUGGCCGUGGAGAUAUACGCACAGCUGGCCAUAUUCCUCUAGAUAGAUCCAGCUAGGGCCA